CCUGGUUGCCAAGCAUCUGACAGGUGACAUUUUGAGAUAUACCGACUUGUAUUUAUUCUAUAGCCCAAGGAAGGAAUACAUAAAGUAAUCUAACGAAUAUGGCGGCACGUGACUGCUACAGCAGCUACAGUCUGGACAAGAGGUUCAGUGGUCCGAAGAUUAUCACCCCCACCCACAACUACCUAUCGGGGGACUGGAAAUCCCCCUGCUACGAGAGGUCGUCCUUCUACACCCCCUCCGAGAGACGCUGGAUCAAGUACCAAGACUAUAGGCACAUCCCGCGUGAGGCGAGGAGAGAUGCUAUUGACUUCCAAAGUGAGGACAAGUGGGUAGAGUUCCAGAGACACAGGGACGCCCCCCGGGGUGACAAGCUAAAUCCUGGAGGCAUAGGCCACUCAAACAUACCAGAAGUCCGUCUAUUUGGUUACACGAGAGACCCGUCCAGCUAUCCAGCAGUCACGCAGUUCCACCCUCCAGCCAGGUUCCCGCAGUGGACGGGCCCAGGCUACUACGGAUACUACCACGAGAACUUGGAACAUCACGCCAGUGGUCGCUACAGGGACUUGCCGGCGAUCAGGAGGUACCCUGGCUAUCCAAUUAUAAGUAAGAUGACCGGCAAUUAAUAAUGCUUUAGUUCUAUAUGGACAAAAAUGUGGUACUGCUUGUUUGAACAUUGAAUGUUGGUAUCAGAUUCAUGGAUGGACACCGGUUUGAAAAGUGACUAUGAUGGAUCUUGCAGCGUAACAGCUUCGAGAUAUUACUAAUCUUUUGAUCUUGGAGACGUGAGGGUAACGAGAAGUGGAGUGACUUAGAACAUCCAAGAGUUUAUAGAAUAUGACAUUUGCUCAAACAGACAAGCUUUUGGCAAAACGGACAGACGGUCGUGCCAACCAUGACUUCUUGUAACUCGGUUAAAGUGGGCGAAUGUCUCCCAGGUUCAUUGACCAAGUUUGAGCACGGCGGCCUGUGUUCUCAAUCAACGCCGACGCUGUCCUCACCAGGGUCAUCCCUGAGAUUUUCGCACCGGCCCGAGGUUUGCAGUGGUGCGAGAAGUUGAUACUUCGAGAUAGCAAAAUGAAUAACCGGCAUCGUCCAGGUAUGAAGUAUCCGCAUAGCAUUUGUGUUAGUUGAUGUAACAAUUCAGCUGAAAAAUCUGUGAUUAGUUUUGAUUUUAUUAUUAAUAGUUGCGUAUCUGUUUGUCCCAUGUCUAAAAUCGUAUACAUGUACAUAUAGUAUUGUGCGCGCGUGGGUUGGAGGGCGGGUGGUAAUGACACUUUUGCCUCUUCGCCAACAUGACGGAAGUGACUUUGAAUAAAAUAAAAAAUGUUUUUCA